AUGAACUUUAGCAGUCCAUUCAUUGAUUCGUCACCAACACGAGGUUCUGGUUCGAGAGAUUUUGAUAUUUUUGAUGCCAUUGAAAAACGAGAUUUGCAAUUGGUGGAUAAAUUUCUGAAUAUUGGAAAAAACAAAAUUGAAGAUGUAUAUAGUAAUUCGAGUAAGAUGAUGUCACUGGAGGGUUAUACUCCAUUAGCACUUGCUUGUCAACUCGGUGCUGUAGACAUUGUAGAAUAUUUAUUGAAAAAAGGAGCAAAUCCAAACAAAUUUAUUCGACAAAUGACAGAUUGUUUUUAUGUCAUUCAUGUCGCUUGUAAGGGUGGAAAUAUUGAUGUCAUUACCCUUCUAGAAAAGUACAAUGUGAAAAUGGAAGUGAAAACAACCUUUGACGAAGAGACGCCUCUCUAUACUUCUGUGAAAGAACGACAAUAUGAAGUGUUGAAACAUUUAUUAGAAAUGGGAAUGAGAGAUAAUUAUACCAACAGGAAUGGAAGAUGUAUACACACAUGUUGCGAAAUGAUUGGAAAAUCCAGCAAAAAUCCAAAAGCAGAAUUACAAAUUAAUACUGAAAACAAAAUUUUGUCACUCUUACUGAGAUAUCAUUCGACCAACUAUAUGGAUGAUUAUGCCAAUGCAAAAACAAAAGAACCAAAAGCAGAUUCGAGUAACAAGGAAUUGCAACGAAAAUUAUUGGCUGAACGAUCGCCAUUGCUCAUUUUAACACAACUCGACGCUCCCAGUGAAAGUAUUGAAUUGCUCAUUGAGAAGAAUGCAGAUGUGAAUUAUGCGCAUCCGGACACACUCAUGACUCCUCUUCACUAUGCAUGUCUUAAUAAUAAUGAAAAAGUGGUUAAAACUUUACUCCUUCAUGGUGCCAACAAACUUGCCAUAAGCACUUCGAAUCAUUUACCUGGAGAUUUAACACGAAAUAAGAACAUUGUUGAAAUGUUAAACAAAUUUUCGAGAUUUGAUACCAUUAUUGAAAAUGCAAAACGAAUUGAAAAAUUGAGAAUUAUCGAUGAUAUUUUACAUCAACGAUCGAUACCCGAAGAAAAGGUCGAGGCCUUCGCUCAGGCCCUAGAAUACAUGAAACUAUUCAAGAUUGAUAAAUUCGAACAAGAAAUGUUGAACACAGCCACCGAGUUGAGAACCUUCUUUACAAAUUACUUGGUAGAAGCUGCAGAACAUGAAAACAAGGAUGCCAUUCGAUUUUUAAUCAAACGCUACGAUGUUGACAUUAAUCAAUUGACAGUUAAGGGUGUGAAAAGUGCAGAAUCCAUAGAAUUUGCAAGACAAUGUUAUCUUGAAAAGAAGGAGAAAAUUUUAGCGAUUGUUUACAAUGGUCAGACAUAUUCAUUCAAAUAUACCUCCUCAACUUCUGAGUUUGAAUUGAGAAAUUUCAUUAAUCAGAAAAUCAUUAAGAACAGAAUUGUGACCAUGAGAGAAAUUCGAUUUGAAUACACUUUGAACUCGAAAGUGUUAUGGGCUACAACAAGUGAACUUUUUAGACAAAUGAUGUCUGAUGCGUAUAAGAGUGGAGAAGAAGUUUUCAGAGUGACUCUUGAAUACAAAAUGGAAGAUUGGACAGAGAUCAGAGAAUUGGGAAGAGGUCAAUUUGGAUGUGUCAUGCUUUGUAUCGACCACAAUGACAAGACUCUCUUUGCACUAAAAGUAAUUGAUUGCUCCAAGAUUAAGAGAGAGCUCGAUGUAUACAAGAAAGACAAAGUGAAACAUGAAAAUAUUGUACAAUAUUUUGAUUACAAGUCUGGUAAUGGAAAAUAUUAUAUCAAGAUUCAAUAUUUACCAGGAGGUAAUUUAUUUGAACUAGUGAAUCAUCUCGAAGUGGCCCAUAAUAGACAUCUUACCAUGCAUCGACUUGCAUUGUACACUCGACAAUUAUUAUCUGCGGUAGACUAUUUACACAAAAAUCAUAUUUAUCACUGUGACAUCAAACCUCACAAUAUACUCAUAGAAACGACAGAUUGUAUUAAAUUAGCAGAUUUUGGUGAAGCUAAUCCAGAAGGCACUACACUCAAUCACGAAUUUGGAACCAUUAUUUAUUUGCCACCAGAGGUCAUUAAGGCAAGUCAUGUAACCAUUGACUAUUCCAUUGACAUUUGGAGCAUUGGAGUGACUGUUUUACAGCUCUAUCUCGGUGGUAAAAAUCCCUAUGAACUCAUUCCAAACUUUCUCGAAACAUAUCAGCAAUCUGCAAGCAAGCAAAUUACUCUUCAAAAGUUAAUUGUACAAUAUGGAUAUCAACUUGUAGAAUAUUUACCUUCUUCAUGUGACAGUUCACUGAAAGCAUUCUUAAAAAAGUGUCUCAAAAACAAAGGACGACCAACCACAGAAUCACUUCUUUCACACCCAUUUCUGAAAAAGUACUAUUACUCUGAUUCGCAAAACAUUGGAUUUGAUUUUUCACAAGAGACUGGAUUUCUCCUUCAAUAUCUCAACGAGAGACAACACGGAGCCAAGAAGGAAGAACAAAAUGCUCCACAACUCAUUGAAAAUCAAAGUUCAGUGACACUUUCAAGUAAUCAUGUCACACGACGAGGCAGUAGCAUUAUUGCCUUUUCGAAAAAAGUUCCAGAAUUUGAUGACUCGAGCAACCAUCCUUUCACACCCAAAAUGACAAGCAAAUUAAGUGGUCAUAUUGCCACACCAUCGUCGUCGUCAUCGUCUGGACGUCAUCAUUCAGCUACUUCUUCAACGUCUACCAGUGGUCACAACAAUGGUAAUAACAAACAUAUUCCCAAUUCUUCUCCUUCUAUCCACACAUCAAAUACUAUGAAUGGAUCAGUGUCAUCACCAAUUAUAUCAUUGAAUGGAAAUAUGAUGAAUGGAAUGAAUAAUAAUGGACUUGAUAUUGGAAUCACUGCCUCACCGAAUCUUAAUGGAACACCAACGAGUACACAUUCUGAUAAUUUCUAUUCCAAAUCACCAUUAAUUGAACCUGGAGCUGAAGAUGAACAAAUGAGAUUAUUAGAUGACAUAUUUGAGAAUAUUAUGAAAAAGAAUAAUAUUUUUGAUGAAAUGCUUUAA